UCAUGGAGAUCUUUACGUAAAACGUGUCAUGCAGUCUUGUAGAGGUUGGGUGAGAACGGGACUUUUCGCAUGAUUAUCAAGAAGGUAAAAUAACCGCAAGGCUUAAGAGGGGGGGUGAGAAAAGUCUACAGGGAUUAGUCGAGCCAGUACCUCCGACACGGUAAGAGCUGCAUUUCACUAUUUGCCAUUCAGCUGCAUUCUGCAUUCUUCAUCGUAUUAUUCAGUUCUCAAUCAUGGGUAAAUUUUCUGUUGUAACAUGGAGUUAUGUAUCAAUUUAUAUAUUGUUUUCUCUCCGUCAUUAUGCUAGUUAUUAUUGCAUAUUAUUUUAAAAAAUAUCAUUGUCUACUCGUAUGUAAGGGGGAAAAAAAGGCUAAAGAAAUCAGUCGAGGCAUCUCCGAUUCUCCGAUAUACAAGAGCUGCAGUGCACCAUGUGUCACCAAUUGCAUUCUUCGUCGCGCUACCAGUAUCAAUCAUGGAGAUAAAAGGGGAAAGGAAUCAGUCAAGUGGUCACAUCUCCGACACGGCAACAGCAACUGCAAUGCCAAGGUUCAGUAUUACACCACAACUUGUGUUGCCCAGAGAAACUCUACACCAAAGCGCCUGAGUGCUAUACCGAAGCCACUAAUUACUACACCACCAAGUCACCAGAGUACUACACCACUACAUAUCAUGUCGUAUGAAAGGAGAGAAAAGGUUAAAGAAUUCAGCAGCCGAUUGAGCAUCUCCGUUACGGCAACAGGAAAUGCCGUGCACUUUUUGUCAUCAACUUCAUUCUUCGUCGCAUUACAAGUAUUAAAUAAAGUUAACUAUGGCGUCGUGCUGCUGUUGGGUGUUGUAUCGUUGAUGGCCGGGUCGACUACUGCUGUACCGAUAUCUCCUGGGUAUGGUGGGUAUCAACAACAACAUACGCAACAACCACUUACUACACUGAAGGUUGCAAGUGCCACACCACUGAGGAUUAACCUUUUACCCCACGGAAGCGCCCAAGUACUACACUACAACCUACGUCGCUCCAGCUUACACCACGAAGGCAGCGGAGUACUACACCACGAAGGCAGCCGAGUACUACACCACGAAGGCAGCCGAGUACUACACCACGAAGGCAGCCGAGUACUACACCACGAAGGCAGCGAAGUACUACACCAAGGCUCCAGUUUACUUCACUACAACCCACGCUGCUCCAGAGUACUGCACUGAUGUUCCAAAGAACUACACCACCAAAGGCAUCCCGAGUAUUACAUCACUACUUUCGUUACUACCACAUCCUUUCUUUGCCCCGAGUUACUACACCACUAACGCAGCCGAAUAACACCCCAAACUACGAUUCGGCAAUUUUCUACAAGGAAAUUCCUUAUUAUUAGAGCCGAAAUUUCUACUCGGGGUUAUUUAUAUGUAUCGGUUAUUUUCAUGGUAAUUGGUCGCUGGGAAUCAAUUGUUGAUCUAAAAUGAGAAAUUAAAAGUUUUAAUACGGGUAACUCUUUUGUAAGGCUUUGUUAGUAACUUCAAGCCUGUAUGCUGAAUUGUAAAUUAUUUUAUGUUUGACUACUGCCUUAGUUACUCUCAUUGUUUUUGCGGUUUUAUGAUGACUUUAAUGGCGAAUUAAGAAAGAAACUUGUAACUGUUAAUUUUUUCAAAUCUUAUUAAUAGUUGACAAGUGACUGACCUUGGUAUAAAUGAAAGACUUUGAACUUGAGAAAAAUAUAUUGAUACAAUUCCUAAACAAAA